UCAUUUUCCACAUCCAGACAGACACGUCUCUUGCCAGAAUUUCUCUCAAUUCACUCCCAAACACAUUUAUUAUACAUUUCUCUUCCACCUGAUGCACUCAUAACAACAACAACACCAUCCUUUAUAAAGACAUUUCCAAUAUCAGAUGACAUUGGCAUAACUGAAGAUACAUUCUCAUUAUUUUUCAUCUUUUAAUGACCAAAAUGGAAAAUAUUGUACAGAACAGAUGUAUAAGAUUGUUUCUAUAAAUCUUUGGUGGAAUUCCUCUGAUAUAUUUACUCUGAAUUGUGUUAGUAGCAAACCUUCUGGACAUCACUGGCUGGAGUGUCUACAAGAUGAGCCUGUUUGCAGAUUGAAUGUGGAUAAAUUUAGUUGUUUUGUGACAAAGGUAACAGUGGCCAGAAAUACAGCAGUUGAAAUAUUUGUAAACAAAAGACUAUAGAAGCAAAAAGAAUAAAAAAAGAAGGUAUAUUGUGAAGUUGAAGGAAAAAUAAUGGAAAAAAGUGAGAAACUAAAGGAACAGAUUUUUCCAGAAGAUAACAAAAAAGAGAGGCGAAAUUAUCACGUGACUGAUGUGUGUAAAAAGUCUUUCUCACAAAAGGGUCACUUGAAUAGGCACAAACGUAUUCAUAUGGAAGAGAAGCCAUUUCAAUGUGAAAUCUGUGGUAAAUCAUUUUCUAUAAGUAGUGACUUAAUUAGUCACCGACAUAUCCAUACAGGGAAGAAGCCAUAUCAUUGUGGUGUCUGUGGUAAAUCAUUCUCUGCAGCCAGUAACUUAACUACACACAAACGUAUUCAUACAGGGGAGAAGCCAUUUCACUGUGACACCUGUGGUAAAUCGUUUUCUGUAAGUAGUAACUUAAUUAGUCACAGACAUAGCCAUACUGGAGAGAAACCGUAUCAUUGUAAUGUCUGUGGUAAAUCAUUCUCUGCAGCCAGUAAUUUGACUUCACAUAAGCGUAUUCAUACAGGGGAGAAGCCAUUUCACUGUGACAUCUGUGGUAAAUCAUUCUAUCAAAAAAGUUACUUAACUACACACAAACGUAUUCAUACAGGAGAGAAGCCACAUCAGUGUAACAUCUGUGGUAAAUCAUUCUUUCAAAAAAUCGGCUUGACUGCACACAAACGUCGUCAUACUGGAGAGAAGCCUUAUCAUUGUGAUGUCUGUGGAAGGUCAUUCUCUGACCAAAGUGCUUUAAAUUCUCACGUACGUCUUCAUACAGGGGAAAAGUUAUUUCACUGUGACAUCUGUGGUAAAUCAUUCUCACGAAAAGGUAACUUGACCACACACAAACGUCUUCAUACUGGAGAGAAGCCUUAUCACUGUGAUAUCUGUGGUACAUCAUUCUGUUACCAAAGUGCUUUAAAUUAUCACAUACGUGUUCAUACAGUGGAGAAGCCAUUCCACUGUGACAUCUGUGGUAAAACAUUCCCUAGAAAAUAUAACUUGACUUUACACAAACGUAUUCAUACAGGGGAGAAGCCUUAUCACUGUGACAUCUGCAGUACCGCAUUCUCUGAUCGAAGUGUUUUACUUUCUCACAUACGUGUUCAUACAGGAGAGAAGCCGUUUCACUGUGACAUCUGUAGCAAAUCAUUCUCUCAAAAAUAUAGCUUGACUACACAUAAGCGUAUUCAUACAGGGGAGAAGCCUCAUCACUGUGAUAUCUGCGGUAAAUCAUUCUCUGAUCGAAGCGUUUUACUUUUUCACAUACGUGUUCACACAGGAGAGACACCAUAUUCCUGUAAUAUCUGCGGUAAAUCAUUCUCACGCAAAAGGUCUUUAACUGAUCAUAAACAUAUCCAUACAGGAGAGAAGCCAUAUCACUGUGUUAUUUGUAGUAAAUCAUUCUCCGCCAGUACUACUCUAAGUCAUCACAAACGUAUUCAUGCAGGAGAAACACCACAUUGGAAGGCCAUUUGCUUGGCUGAUAAACUUUUUGUAAUCAUUCGUGAAAUCUCCUCAUGGGGCAAAACUAUAGAAGCAAAAAGAAUAAAAAAGAAGGUAUAUUGUGAAGUUGAAGGAAAAAUAAUGGAAAAGAGUGAGAAAGUGAAGGAACAGAUUUUUCCAGAAGAUAGCAAAAAAGAGAGACAAAAAUUGUCACAUGACUGUGAUGUGUGUAAAAAGUCUUUCUCUCAAAAAGGUAACUUAAAUAAGCACAAACGUAUUCAUACAGGAGAGAAGCCAUUUCACUGUGGAAUCUGUGGUAAAUCAUUCUCUGACCGAAGUGCUUUAAAUUCUCACAUACGUGUUCAUACUGGAGAGAAGCCAUUUCACUGUAACAUCUGUGGUAAAUCAUUCUCUGCAAGUGGUACAUUGACUAAACACAAACUUCUUCAUACAGGAGAGACACCAUAUUCCUGUAAUAUCUGUGGUAAAUCAUUUUCUGGUAAAAGUGCUCUAACUUAUCAUAAACGUAUUCAUACAGGAGAGAAGCCAUUUCAGUGUGAUAUUUGUGGUAAAUCAUUUGCUGUAAGCAGUUUCUUAACUACUCACAGACAUAUCCAUGCAGAUGAGAAGCCUUAUCAUUGUGGCAUUUGUGGUAAAUCAUUCCUUUCAGCCAUACACGUCACUAGACACGAGCGUAUUCAUACAGGAGAGAAGCCAUUUCACUGUGUCAUCUGUGGUAAAUCAUUCUCUCGAAAAGAUGUCUUGACUUUACACAAACGUAUUCAUACAGGAGAGAAGCCAUAUCAGUGCAACAUCUGUAACAAAUCUUUCCCUGCCAGUAGGGACCUAACUACUCAUAAACGUAUUCAUACAGGAGAGUCACCAUAUCAUUGUGAUAUCUGUGGUAAAUCAUUCUCUCAAAGUUGCAACUUAACUACUCAUAAACGUUCCCAUACAGGAGAGAAGCCAUAUCAGUGCAACAUCUGUAACAAAUCUUUCUCUGAUAGAAGGAACCUAACUACUCAUAAAGGUAUUCAUACAGGAGAGUCACCAUAUUCUUGUGAUAUCUGUGGUAAAUCAUUCUCUCAAAGUUGCAACUUAACUACUCACAAACGUUCCCAUACAGGAGAGAAGCCAUACCACUGUGAUAUCUGUGGUAAAUCAUUCUCCGUGAGUUCUAACUUAACUGGACACAAACGUAUUCAUACAGGUGAAACACCAUAUUCUUGUGAUAUCUGUGGUAAAUCAUUCUCUCAAAGUGGCGACUUAGCUAAACAUAAACGUUUCCAUACAGGAGAGAUGCCAUAUCCCUGUGAUGUCUGUAACAAAUCUUUCUCUACCAGUUGUAACCUAAUGACCCAUAAACGUAUUCAUACAGGAGAGAAGCCAUAUCAGUGCGACAUCUGUAACAAAUCUUUCUCUGAUAGAAGGAACCUAACUACUCAUAAACGUAUUCAUACAGGAGAGACACCAUUUCACUGUGAAAUCUGUGGUAAAUCAUUCUCUAAAAGUGGCAACUUAACUACUCAUGAACGUCUUCAUACAGGAGAGAAGCCAUACCACUGUGAUAUCUGUGGUAAAUCAUUCACCGUGAGUUGUAACUUAACUGGACACAGACGUAUUCAUACAGGAGAAACACCAUAUUCUUGUGAUAUUUGUGGUAAAUUAUUCUCUCAAAAAAUUUAUUUGACUUUACACAAACGUAUUCAUACAGGAGAGACACCAUUUCACUGUGAAUGGCAUCGUAUGGUAGGUGCAAGAGGCUGA